GAAAACGAAAGUAUGACGAGCAGCGACGAUCACCUCCUGUUUCUGCAUGCCCCAGACGGUGUUCAGUGGGCCAAGUUCUUGUCCAGCCGGUUGCAAGCCCCUGACUAUGGUAUCAAGAGUGUAUUUCGUGAGAUCAAAGAGCUACCCCCAGCGCCACCACCGCCGCCCCCUCCGCCACGAAGAAGUCCGUCAGAGAGGACGCCCAGCUUAUCUUCUUCUAGCGCUGAUACCAACAACAACGACAGCAACAGCAACAGCAACAGCAACGACGUUAAUAACAGCUGUAGCGGGGGCCAGAAAAUCACUGACGCUGACAGUAAGACAGACUCUAACAGCACUCAUUGCAACAACAACAACAGCAGCAGCAGCAGCAACAAAAACAAUAACGACGACAACAAAAAUGAAAGCAGCGACAACAGCAAUAAGAGCGGGACCAAAGGUUCCUCGUCAGACCAUCCAUCUUUUGCUCAAAGCAUAGCAGACAGCCGGGCAACUGUCAUUUUUCUAAGUCCUGAAAUCAUCGAAGACCCUUGUCCAUUUCCGCUGGACGCAGCUUCCCUAAACCCCAAAUCCACCGUGCUCCUUUUUCUGGGAGUCGAAAUCGAGGAAGCGAGGACAUAUUUCGCUGCUGACAGUGACCAUGUGUUCAAAUGUCGUAUAUGUCUUAUAGAUGGUAGAGAGCCGUCUAUCCUUGACGCUAUGGUGCAAAUUAUUCAUGCGUAUGAAGACUGUGGUAGUGUCUUUGACGAGGACGAUUACCAGGAGGAGAAUAGCAAUGAUAUUUACCACACACCACCCCAGCCGGUGAAGAAAAACCACGUGGAGAAAGUGUUUCCCAAAGUCUUGUCUCUGGGAGAAAGAGAGGUAUACGUUCUCCUGUCUCAGGAGUGUGACGAGGAACCCCUGGCGGUGCUAGAUGAGACGGCAAUGGCCCUGGAGCUCCCGCUCCACCGCGUCUGUGGACGACUCUUCUCCCUCACACUGCCCAACGAACGAUCCAACUCUAGAUGGCCCAGCCUCCUCCAUUUUGCCGCCGACUUGAACCUCCGCACCUUGUGCUCGGAGCUGCUGCGCUACCCUGGCAUGCUGGGUGCCGCGUGCACAGAGAAUAGAGACGGCUUCUACCCCAGCCAGUUAGCGGCUAGGAAAGGCUACGCUCAGCUGGAGACUGAUCUGCUGCAGUUUGUGCAACGUUGUAAAACUGAGUGCGAGGACCUAGAGAGUGAGUACGUACAACCAGGCCUGCUGACCACAGGCCUUGACCAUCGCGCUCAGAAAUCGGACGUCAUUGUCUCUCACAACGCCAGCGUCAAAGGCCGUCGGUCUCUGGCCCCACAGGAUAGCCAUCCCUACGUGGAUAUGUCGGACUUUGCCAAAUCUCCGUUGCCAGAGCCCUUGCCCUAGUCCCAUAACCGACAGACGACAGCCAUCCGACGAAUCCAGUAAGCAGAGUUCACCACGUGACCCGAUCCUGAGCCCGCUGGACUCCCCAGGGUCUACCUCUAGAAAAGCCUUGAAGAUGUUGGGUGUCGGGGAGGAAGACAUUAUUCGGUCUCGAGCAUCCACAGUGGAGGGGUCCUCGACCCUGAGAAACCCCGAGCCCUUCAGAGCAAAGGUGCUAUGGUCAAGAAGAUCAAGUCGUUUAUGGCCAAGAUCAAGGGUUCAAAACGAUCCACCACUGACUUGGACGCCUCACUCUCGGGACAAAGUUCAAAGAAAAGCAUCAGCUCGGGCAGAAGCUCCACUUCCAGCCGUUCUGAAGCUAAGAGAAGCAGUUCAAGAAAGAACCAACUAGCGUCUGAUGACAGCCUUGAGCGGGACAGUGGAAGCUACAGUGACGAAGAGAAGGAGAGAAACUCACCACAGGUGAAAAGAAACAAGUCUAAAGUGUUCAGAGAAAGUGACAAACUGAUGAGUCGCCGAAUGUCCAGACGAGCUGAGCAGGCGAAGAAAGAGAAGAUCGAGUUCGCGCCAACCCUACCGUCCAACCCAGGCAAGAAGCGAGAAACUUUCAAAAGUUUCAUUGAAAAUCCUUGAUCGAUAGGAAAGGAUAUAAGUGUUGGGGAGGGAAAGCAAUGGAUGGGAUUUGUCUACAAGUUUGCCUGAAUCAUAGAAAAUGAACGGAUAGUGUGAACUGAGAUAUUGAGAGAGUCGUAGGGGUGUGUGUGCGUUUGAAUAUAUAAUAUAGACACAUUAAAAUUAUUAUAUGUAUAUA